GAAUAAAUACUGGUAGAGCAUGAAAAAAGUCAGAACCCGUAUAUGUCAUUAGGCCAAUGGCACCAGUUUAGAGAAGCAGCAUCGGGUCUAUUCGGGUGCAACAUGAAAUAUAUAUGAUUGGAGAAAAGGGAACGAGGUAAGCAGCAUCGGCUGCAAUAUGAUUAUAUGAAAUUUGGAGGGAAGCUUUUAUACGACUGGAGAGAUGAAUUUUCCAUCUAAGCUUCAACAUUUCAUGUCAUGUUGACUGAUCCCUGUUUUAUUUUUUACCCUCUUCCUUACGCAUGACUUCUUUUCACCAUCUCCUCCUCAGGUUUUCAAAAAUCCAAACACCCAAAAGACAGAAACACCUAACCAUUUUCAAUCAUCUCAACCACACUCUUGCUACAAGUCGCAUACCUCUUGAUACUCACGACCCAACCAAAAUCAUAGCAACCCAAUUAUCAGAAUGUUCCAAUUUAUUACAACUGAACCAAAUUUAUGCCCAUAUUAUCCGCACUCACUUUCUGCAAUCCUGUCCUGCCGCAUUUCAUUGGAACAACAUUAUAAGAUCAUACACUAAGCUAGAUGCACCCAAAAAGGCUCUAUACGUUUACAUCUUCAUGUCACGUGCCGAUGUCUUGCCCGACUCUUACACUCUCCCCAUCAUCUUAAAAGCCGUGUGCCAAUUUUUUGCUGUGGAGACGGGCAGGCAGCUUCAUUCGGUUGCAGUAAGACUUGGACUAGUAUCAAACGAAUUCUGCGAGAGUGGUUUAAUUUGUCUUUACUCCAAGGCCGGAGAGUUUGAAACGGCACGUAAGCUGUUUGAUGAAAAUAUUGAAAGAAAGUUGGGUUCUUGGAAUGCCAUCAUUACAGGACUUUCUCAAGGUGGACGUGCGAAGGAAGUGAUAGCUACAUUUAUCGAGCUAAAGAGAUGGGGGUUCGAGCCUGAUGGUAUUACUAUGGUUAGUGUAACUUCAGCUUGUGGAAGUUUAGGAGACUUGGGCUUAGCUCUUCAGUUGCAUAGGUGUGUUUUCCAACCUAAAAGUAGCGAAAAGUCAGAUGUUUUGAUGUUGAAUUCACUUAUAGACAUGUAUGGAAAAUGUGGGCGUAUGGAAUCAGCUUAUAAGGUAUUUUCCAGGAUGAGCCAAUGCAAUGUAUCAUCAUGGACAUCAAUGAUUGUGGGUUUUGCAAUGAAUGGGCAUGUCAAUGAAGCGCUUGAAUGCUUCCAUUGCAUGAGAGAAGCCGGCGUUAGGCCUAACCACGUGACAUUUGUCGGAGUUCUUAGCGCCUGUGUUCACGGCGGUAAGGUGCGGGAAGGGAAGCAUUUCUUUGACAUGAUGAAGAACGUGUAUCGAAUAACACCCCAGUUGCCACAUUACGGGUGCAUGGUGGAUCUGCUUGGGCGAGCAGGAUUGCUGGAUGAGGCGAGAGAGAUGGUGGAGAGGAUGCCAUUGAAGGCAAAUGUGGUGAUAUGGGGGUGUUUGAUGGGUGCGUGUGAGAAGUUUGGGAAUGUGAAGAUAGGGGAAUCGGUGGCUAAGCAUUUGCAAGAGCUGGAACCUUGGAACGAUGGCGUUUUUGUGGCUUUAUCAAAUAUUUAUGCUAGUAGAGGUCAGUGGGAAGAGGUUGAGAGAGUGAGAGGGAUUAUGAAAAACAAAAAACUUGCUAAGGUUCCUGGUUAUAGCUUGGCUACCAACUCAUAUUGAAAUGAAAUCCAAGCCGUUAUUUAUUUAUUUAUUUAAUUUUUAGUAGUGAAGGACUGUCACUAUUUAAAAAUCAAUUUUGGGUUGU